AUGAACAAUCAGUUACUAAUAGUGAAAUUUUUAGCUUUUUCGAACUAUGAAAGAUCCAUUGUGGCUGUAGACGAUGUGACCAUUUUGGAAGGAAGUUGCCCAGUUUACAGUGAAAGUCCAUCUACUAUCACACCUUCAUUAACUGCUACAAAUACUUUAACGCAAGUAAUAAAUGAUGAAACUUCGACUGAAAUCACUUCAAGUAUUAGUACAAUUGAUAAAGAAACUAUUAGAACAUCGAUCACCACCGAGAGAGGCAGUGAGACUCAGCCCACUUUAACAACAACAAUGAAUUUGAUUAUUGAACCAACAAACAAAAAUCUAACACUAACGUUUGUUGUAGUUAGCUUUUUGGGAGUUACUUUUUUGAUGGUUCUUGGUGGAGCCGCAUUGGCAGCACUAACGUUUAAAAGGUUGAAUAAAUUGUUCCCAUAACAAAGAAGUGAAAGAAUGUUGCAUUGCAUUGUUUGAUUAACGAGAUUAUGAGAGCUCUAUAAACUUCUUCAGCCAUAUGAAAUAUCGCUACAAUUUUGAAUUUAUUAAUUUGCAAUGAUCAAAAAUA